CUUCAAUCAUCGAUGGUACGAUUUAACUAAUAUGCAACACUCCGAUACGAUUUUGAUUCAUACCUAUACCUACAUAAGGUACCUACCGCGCAUAAUCGACGACGUCUACCAGCCGCAUUCGAGCUGUCUUCUGCAGGGCAUUUGCUGUAGAAAUCAAACAAAAUAAACGAACCAUGGAAUAAGACCCUAUGCAGCAUUUCGAUAUGGCAUCGUUUAACUCACGAACAUGUCACCACCAUUACCCGUUCCGUCGAAGGCUUUGGUUCAUGCUCUCCGAGGAAUCGCUUUCGGUACUACUUGUGCCAUCGGCGUCAUUCUUGAAGACCGGAGAAGACGAAUUAGCACCCUGAGAACCGCGAUUACAAAUAAAGAAAAGCUCAAGGCAUGCAAGCGACGAUAUCAUGCCACGACUGAUUCCGCUGUUGUACCAUCCGACGAUGCUCUCUUGCUAGGCGCAGGUGAAUGGCAGUGGUUGCAGACGGACAAGGCAACCAAACCAUACGCGGACAAGGCUAUGGAUGAGGCACCACCGCAUCGUGAAAAUGUUAAGAGCACCUCCUCUAGUACAAGACCUACAACCGCUGCUCAACCCCAAGUCGCAUCGCCUCCUCCGACCCACCAUGAUACAAAUUUAUUAGAAAAGCUCCGGCCACCGGCACAUUUCCAACAAGCGAUAGCCCAGCAUCCACAAAUCCAUACUGCUCAUCGUUAUCAACGAGCCAGCACUGCGGCCUCUGCAGCCUCCAAGGUCCCUCCCGUAGUACUCAGUGAAGCGACUAAAAAGGUCAUUUCCAUCUUAACCAGCAAGGAUGAAGAACGGUUAGACAAAGCUCUGAAUAGAUUCUUUGAAGUAUGCCGUACGUCGUACGACUUUAAAAAAUUCGAUGAUGGAUGGGUUUCGCUUUCAGCUCGACUGUCGAGGGAAUGUGUGGCUCGGAACAGGUGGGAAGAUGCUGUAAAGGUCCUUACCACAACCAUCAAAGCUGGUCCGAUGCAUGAAUCUCUAUAUUUCGCACACGAGCCCCUAGUGAUUAUAGAAAACAUCAUACACUCUAUAAGGUUACAAGUUCGUGGUCCAGAAGCUAUUGCGAUUGCGACGCAAUUAUUUCUGCCAAGGUUGAAAGAGAAGCCCACGGUCUGCCCCGCUGGGUUUGAGCUCCUUGGAAAACAGCUAAUUAGUCGAAGUAUCGAUGCCAUUCUAUUUCCCCAAGCCCAUCACGUAUACUGGAGGGUGUUUGGCGUCACACAGAAGCCGGCCAUGGUUACGGGAUGGAUUAUAGAGGACCUUUAUCAGGCUGGUGACUACAAGAAUGUCAUCAAAUAUUAUUUGCUCAACUUCUCAAAAGCGAAGGUCAAAAAUAAAUGUUUCAAAAGGACGGUCGGGUAUGUUGUCGACGCGGUAGAAGGUAUGGAAGGUAUGAAAGCUGAUCUUAUACUCCUCACUUUCUACGACCAAGACCCAAAAUACUUGCGGUCUCAGUGGAUCAUGCGGCUUUUGCGCGCCUAUUGGAAUAGUACCGAGGACUUUUCAAAGGUGAAAGCGCUGUUUGACAAAGUCUUCGACUUGGGACUGAUUUCCAAAGUUGCACAUCCCCAAGGUGUGUUUCGCACCAUGGUUGAAAUUUCCGUCAGGGCUGGAGAGGACGACAUGACCAAAUCAUACUAUGAGGCCACAAUCAAGGCAUUUCCGAACAUGAAGACAGACACUGGCAUACACGGAUUUCUCGCCUUAUCGUUAGCUAAGGCUGGAGAUUGGGGUGGCGUGUUUGAUGUCUUCGCUAUAAUGCAAACCUUCAGGAAUUAUGAGGGAUGGGAGUACGAAGGUGCCUUUGUCAUGGUCCUUAAAGUGUUUGCAGACGGUCAUCCGGUUUCCGAGGUCCGAGACUUCGUGUCGAAGUAUAUGAGUGAUCUAGGGGUGCGUAUGCAUCGUUACAUGAUCUCAAUUCUGGCAAAUAAGUACGGUGAUUGCCAUGACAUGCCAGGUUUUAUGUCUUGGUUAGCUCAUUGCGACAAAAGCGGGUUCGCCUUAGAGCCGGGUCUCCUCAAUUCAGUCCUUUACAACUGCUGGACUCAAUGGCGGCUUUCCUACCCCGAACUACAAGUAUUUUAUAACAAAAUAGGACAGCUUGACCCCAACCUCAUUGAUGACGUUACGCGAAGGAUCAUGAGCCAAGCAGCGUUAGCUUCAGGCCCAGCCUACAGGGAUUCAAAGUACCACCGAGCGAUAGGUUCGCGAGUCGUUGAAGUAAAUAAGUUGGCGUAUCUAGGAAGGACAACAAGCAGGCGAGAUGUAUACGAAGCGAUGAACCAGGAGAUAAACAUGGGCAAGCCAGCAACAGCAAUCUUCAUCUACAAGCGAGCUCUCAAAUUCGGAAUGUCGUCCUGCCAGCAUUGCCUCCGGCUAGCUGUAACGGCCGCCUUGAUGAACCCCAACAACGGGGCCGCUUCGGCCAUGGCGCUCAUUCACAAGGCCCACCUAAAGGGUGACGACGUGGGAUCGGCAGCAUCGAAGUUCAUUAUGUUCCAACUCGACCAGGUCCGGGCCAAAGCGGAUGAAAUUCUGAUCCACAUGCGAAAUCUGGUCCAUCAAUUUGAAGCUUUAAAAAUUAUUGUCGAUGGAUCAGUGAUGACCCGCAUGGCGAUGAUCUGCACCAAGCUGAACCAGCACGAGAGAGCAAUUUUACUGUGUAAGCUUGCCAUGGACAGGAAUGGCUCUACGCAUAUGUGUUAUUCGAGAUUAAGUAUUAGGGCAUUAUUGAUGGCCUAUGCCCAUCUGCUCGACGUGGAAGGGAUAAAGCAACUGUUGGAUGAUCUCUUUAACAAGAGCAAUUACACCGAAGAUAAGUCAGUGUUAUGGUAUUUAAGGUCGAUGAAGCGAAUUGUUUCGAAUUUCAAACCAUGUGCCGAGGUCGCCGCUAUAUUAGAAACAUUAGGGUUGGCCAUCUGGGAGGUCGUGGCGCGGCGGCAGAAGGCACGAAAGGAAGGAAAGAUGAUCACCACGGAGACUCUCCGAAUCAUGCAAGCCGCAGUUACCGACAUGCAGGGCAAAGGGACGGCACCAGCAACGUCGCAGGAUAAGCCACCUACGCCUAAAGACGAGGAAGAUGAGAACGAGGAUUGGGAUUUUGAGGAGGAUUGGCUGGAUAAAGAUGAAUACCCAGGGUUCACGGCAGACUAGGUGUAAAGACAACAACUCUUUUGUAUAUAUAUAUAUAUAUAUAUAC